AUGUGAAUGAAACUAUUAUCAUGGACUGAUAUUACCAAAUAAUAAUGCCUCCAAAAAGACCCCCAGCCAAGGCAUCUGUGCCUGCUGCACGGAAUGUUUCUAACAAAAAACAGCCAGUGAAGCCAGCAGCAAAUACUGCGAAUAAAAAACCUGGACCACCAGGCAAAAAAGCUCCACCAGCAAAAGCUGCACCAAAGAAAGAGGAGAAGAAAGGGCCAUCACCUCAAGAUUUAGCUGCGAUUGUGAUUCAAAAAUACAUCAGAAGAUUUCUUUCUCAAUGUCAGUUAAAAAAACUGAAAAACCGAAGAAUUGAAUAUGAUGAAAUGAUUGAAAAGUUACAAAGAGAGGCAUUUGUAGCCAUGGUGAAAGCAGAACAGGAAGCUGCCGAGCGUGAGCAAGCAAGAGAGGAUGAGGAGCGGAGAAGGAAACGGGAGGAAGCCAAGAGGAGAGGGAGAAUGUUGGAGGCAGCGUUUGAUGGUGAUUUGGAGGAAAUGGAAAAUAUUUUGAAAGAAGUCAGUAAUUUGGAUACAAAAAAUGGUGUUCCCAAUGAUGAAAUGGGAAAAGUUAUCCGAAGGAAUCAUAUGAUUGCUGUUACUGAAUGCCAAGAUGCAAAUGGGAACACUCCAUUGUCAGAGGCAGCAGCUGGAGGAAGUUCAGAAUCUAUCAAGUUUUUAGUUGAAAGAGGGGGAGAUGUUAAUUCAGUAGGUGCAUGGGGAAGAACACCAUUGUACAGGGCAGCAUUUGGUGGACAUUUAGAUGCAGUCGAAUCACUUCUUCAAUAUGGAGCAGAUCCAAGAAUAAUUGCUGAAGAUGGAAAUGCACCUGAACAUGUGAGCCCAGUAGAAGCGAUUAUUGAAGUUUUGAAAAACUGGGAUGUUUCGAUGACUGAUAGUCUGCUCGAAAAAAUGGUAGUUGAAAGAGAGAAACGCCUGGAAGAAGAUAGAAUGAGAAAAGAAGCUGAAACAAAUCAAUUGCAAGACGAACUAAAUGAAAUCAAAAAACAAUAUGAAUCUGAACAGAGAGUACUACAAAAAGCUUACCAGGAAUUGGAAAAACGAAUACAUGAGCAUGAUAAAUGUACUACACAGGGUGCAGAUUCAUCUAUCACAGAAAUAACAUUGCAGGCUCUUCACGACGCGGAAGGUGAACUUGAAAUUGCGAAACUCCAUGCAGAUAAAGCUAGAAGUAAAUUAGAACAAGCACGAUUGAGACUCAGAGAACAACAGCAUGAAGGUGGCGAUGAAGCAUUACCAGGAGUAAAAUGUAAUAUAAGAGAAUUGGAUGAAGUUUUAAUGAGGGAUGUUGGUAAUCGCAUCACGGAAUCUGGAAAAUGGCCCAUGCUUAUAGAUCCUACAGGUCAAGCUACAACGUUCUUGAGAUACAGAGAUACAAAUUACUUAUGUGCACUAAAUCCUCAACAGAUGCAACCAGAUGUGAUAAGACUGGCAUUGCUAGGUUCUAUAAGGUUCGGGAAGCCAAUGGUCAUGGAUAUGCUUGAAGUUGAUAUGUUUGAUACUAUCUCAGAUAUUUUCAAUGAAAUACUUCCAAAUUUGAUGCAGGAUAUUAUGAGCAAGGAAAUUCUUCAAGAAGAAAAGUACAUGCAACUUGUGAAACCAGAAGAUGGUGAAGCAUAUCAGAAAUCCAAAUUCCAACACCACCGAGCUCAGAAAUUCAUAUUUGUUUUGGUUACCAAAAACAAAUUCCCUUCUGAUUAUCUCAUCGAUCUGACUUAUGCAAUCAGAAUAGUACUGCCUGGCGACUAAACACUUUCAUUAAAUCUUGAAGUGUUGAUAGCGAUUGCGCGUACAGUAAAUAUAGAUAAUGAUAGAAAACAACCUUUUUUGGUGGAGGGAAAAUUGAUACUACAGCUAUGGUCAAACGAUAUUUGAAGUUUUGACUAUAGUAUCAUAUAACUGCAUUCAUCCGAUAGGUGAAUGCAUCUUUUUUGUUUUCGUUAACAUUAUGAGUAUGAUUAACUUGGGCUGAUGCUACCUUCAUUUAACUCCACAUGGAUGCCUUUAGUAAUAUUCUAACCAACUACAAAAAUUUUAAUCUCUGUAAAACGUAUUCAGGCACCACUGUGAAAAUAGAUGUGUUCACUGUAUCAGCAAAUUUACCUAUUUUUAUAAAAGGUUUUUUUAAAUUUUAAUGUCAUUAUCAAAUAGAUUUCUUUUCGCAGUUUACACGUGAUUAUAUAUGAAAAGAUUCAAAA